AUGUCGUCGGAUUACCAGCUUUCCAUUAAGCCACUGAAGCUCUCUGAGUUACCCUCCGAGGAUGCCAUCAUUACCUUGGCGGAGACCCUGCUCGACUCAACGACCUCAUGGAAGUCGGGAAAGACAUACUACAAGGUCGUGAAGACAUGCUCCCGCCCCAAGGGCCCGCAGGACGGUGCACCUUGGCACUGCAGAGUCAGCGAGCACGCGCCCGCAGAUGCGACCUUUGACGAGUUCUGGGGCAAGCUGGGUGUUGACAAGGCAGAGAAUGAGAUGAAGUUCAUCGCAGACAUCAAGAAAGUGAAGCAGAUCAAGCAGAUCUCACCGACGCAAGCUGUCUGGUCUCUGUAUUACACCUUUACGCCCCCAGUCUCGCCGCGGGUCUUCACAGUCCUACAGACGACUUACCUCGACGCAACUACACCUAAGACAGGAAUCAUUGUGUCAAUUCCCAUUGAUUUAUCCGACGAGCCUGAGCUGGUCAAGCUGGAGGAGAAGGGCGUGAAGGGCCGAUAUGUUAGCGUCGAGCGGCUGCAGGAGCUCGAGAACGGUAAUGUCGAAUGGCGCAUGGCCACCUCCAGCACGCCUGGCGGCAAGAUUCCGUCCUUCAUCGCCGAGUCCACCAUGGACAGCGCAAUAUCUCAGGACGUCACGCAUUUCCUGCACUGGUUCCACAGCGUUCGUCCCAAACCUGAAGAAGCCCAGCAGGAUGCUGCUGCUUGA